AUGUCUACGCUAAAUCUUUCCUCAAAUGGGCCAUCGAUCUCGAAAAGCUACCAAUCUGUAGUAGAUGCCACUCUUCCAACCGGAGCUGCUGCAAAGUCAACCACAUACGGGAUAUGGGCGGUCUUCUCUGUCUCAGCGCCUCUUGCGAACGCAUUUCAGCAAGAUUCGGCAGGAAAAGAGAGUGUACUCAAGGUCCAAAGUACAGGAGAGGGCGAACUCGUCGAUCUAGUAGAUGAGUUCUCCGACGGUAGAAUACAGUUUGCGUUCGUAAAAAUCAAAGACCCAAACACUACUCUACCUAAAUCGGUUCUCAUUGCUUGGUGUGGUGAGGGCGUUCCAGAACGCACCAAGGGCUACUUUACAAACCACCUAACGGCCGUUUCGAAGACACUACAUGGUUAUCACGUUCAAAUUACUGCCCGGUCUGAUCGGGAUCUUACGCCAGAGUCGAUUGUGCAGAAGGUCUCUGAUGCGUCGGGUUCAAAAUACUCAGGAGCUACUUCUACCCCGGCCCCGCCUCCUGCACCGAUUGCUUCGAAGCCAGUCUUUACACCCACACAGAGUAGUGCAGGCGGAAAUGGUUUCAACCCUCUAGCUUCAAGAUCUCGCUCGGGGGGUACAAGGGAUCAAAAUGUAGAUGAAGACGGCUGGGGCGCGGAUGCUCCGCCAGUUACGCGUAGACAGUUGGAAAAAGUUCAACCUUCAUACCAACCCACAAAAAUGAACAUACAGGACCUGCAGUCACAACAUCAAUCAUCCCGUGGCAAUGACGCGCCUAUCGCCCGAGCGUCAGAAGAUUCAAGUGUCGUCAAAGGAGCUUAUCAGCCUAUUGGGAAAGUGGACAUCUCAGAAAUUAGGAGGCAAGCCCAGCGUAGCACUCAGGAUGACCGACCCAUAGCAGUCAAAGGUUCGUACGAACCUGUAGGUAAGGUCGACAUUGCUGCAAUAAGAGCUCGUGCUCAGCCAUCUACCGCCGAUGCACCCUCACCACCUCGAAGUUCAGAGCCACGGCAGUCACUUCCUGAUCGGACUGCACCAUUUAAUACUUCCGAACGGCUGACUUCUUUACCCAAACCCAAGGUUGGCGGCCAGUUCGGUUCAAGUACUUCUUCAUUCACUGGUACCAAAGCCCCAACGCCUGGCGUUUUCGGUCUCGAGUCAAAAUCAACAGGUCCGACUCCACCUGUGGGGGUUGGCAAAAACUUUGCAGAUCAAGGUGGUAAAACGCCAGCUCAGCUUUGGGCGGAAAAGAAGGCUAGAGAGCGAGGCCUCAGCGGCGCUGGAGAGAAUCCACCACCCGCUGGCCUCAGUCAAGCCCCUGUUGUGGGUCAAAACUCUGGCGGCGGUGAAUGGAAAAGCGGGUAUACUGGCAAAAAAUGGGGCGCUGUCCACACCUCUAAAAGUGGCGAGUCAGCCGGAAGCAUGGGCGAGCAGCGCACCGGCUCGCAGGCUGAUGAAGAAGACACCUCUACAACAUCUCCUGUUGGAGGCGUCAGCGCCAUGCGAGACAAAUUUAAAAACGCGGCUCCUAUCGGUGCUGCUAAUGUCGGUACAGGCAUUGCCGCGACUCCUCCUGCUCUAGACGUCUCAAGCAAACCAAAUGCAGGACGUGGUAUACCAAUCCCAGGUAUGCCUUCAAGGAGUGAAGCUCAAGGGCCAGAAGAGCCAGCUCGAUUACCGUCCCCGCCUCCACAGCCACCCAGAUCGCCUACACCCCCUACCCCGCCCCCAGUCUCUGGCUCCCCAAUCCGUAUCGCCAUGCCAGUUGGCCGAGGUCACAAUGACCAAGAAGUAAUAGAUGCUCGCGAUGAACAGCUUUCACCUCCCCCGCAAUGCCAGCCAGUACCGCAUGAGGAUGAUCUCCUAGACGAGCCACAAGGCCAUGAUGUAGCGCGUGGUGCUGGCGUGGCUGCAGCUGCUGCAUCAUUCGGAGAAGAAGCUGUAGAAUCAGCUCAGCCAGGAGCCGAACAAAGUGGAAAGCGAGCUCUGGUCCAGUAUGACUACGAGAAAGCCGAGGAAAACGAGCUUGAGUUGAAAGAAGGUGAGCAUGUGACAAAUAUUGAGAUGGUCGACGAAAAUUGGUGGAUGGGACAAAACCCACGCGGGGAGUCUGGCCUUUUCCCAAGUAAUUACGUUGAACUUAUUGAAGAUGACUCGAAAGUCGCUCCACCCGCGCAGCAGCAUGAAGUUGAACGGGUCGCUGAAACUUCAGCAACCUCACAAGGAGCCACCGCUACUGCGUUAUACGAUUACGAAGCUGCGGAGGAGAACGAGUUGACGUUCCCGGAGAAUGCUAAAAUUACCGGCAUAGAAUUCCCAGACGACGACUGGUGGUCAGGUGAAUAUGCUGGAAAAGCUGGGCUUUUCCCGGCAAAUUAUGUACAAUUAGAUGAGUAA